AUGUCUGAGAGCGCGACCAAGCAGGAGACUCCCUCCUUUGUCGGGGCCAGCAAGGUCAUCCAGACCCCUUACCCGCUCAUUGACAACGAUCCUCACUUCAAGAGAGUUGUUGGAUAUGCCCGAACUAGCGACUACGUCUAUGGCACUGCCGCCGCCGCCUUUGCGCCCGUUGCCCUGAUUGCCCUCGAGCGAUUCGCCCCUUCGCACGUCGGAAAGGGUGGUUUCCCCAAGGCCCUGCGACUGGCCGGAGGUGUCGGUAUCAUCGGCGGCUUCCUCUGGUUUUACCAGCGAUCCUGCCUCCGAUUCUACGGCGCCACCGAGAACGCCCGCGAGAUCGAGAUGGACAUGCGGGAGAUGGUGGACAAGGUCAAGAAGGGCGAGCCCCUGUACGGCGUGAGCAGGCUGAGCCCCCAUCUGCAGGGCGUGGCUGCCCGCCAGAGCCGGUACUCUGCGCUCAUGUUCAGCGCGGUCCCGUGGUUCAACUUUGUCAACCACAGCCAGCACGGCGUCGACACGGCCAAGUACUACCAGCAGGCCGAGCGGGAGCUGGAGGCGGAGCGA